AUGAAUGUCUCACCAAAUGCUUUAGAGUUUACUGGUUCCUUUACCAAACAGACUACCGAAUACUUAACCUUAUCAAACCCAACUAAUCAAGCAUUGGCUUUUAAAGUCAAAACUACUGCUCCAAAAUUAUAUUGUGUUAGACCAAAUGCUAGUAUUAUCCAACCAGGAGAUUCGUUACAAAUUUCCAUCAUUUUACAAGGCUUCUCCCAACCAUUACCUGAAGAUUACAAAUGUAAGGAUAAAUUUUUGUUGGUUUCAGUUCCUGCACCACCACAUUCUGAUCCAGCCAAAGUGGGUGAAUUAUGGCCACAAUUGGAAGCCCAAAACAAAUCUGCUGUUGUUUCAAGGAAAUUGAAGGUCAACUACGUCAUUGGCCCAGACAAAGAAGAAUCAUACAAUGGUGCAGGUGCAGGUGCA